AUGUCACUGACUUUGCCUGUGGGGCGCGAAGUUCGAAGGGGCGUGGCCGAAGAGGCGUGGCUUGACCUUACUUUGGAGCUCAUUCUGCUCGCUUCCUUACGCAGUAGACUGUCGUUACUUUAUACUCCUACUGUUACCAUGACCAACUCUGCUUCUGCCCAGGUUUGUUUCUCACAUUUUCAACUUUGUACUUAUUUUGCUUUUCUAGAAACCAACGACGGUUUUCAAUAUCACGGCUCGAAGCCACAAGGCCGUUAAAAGGAAGCUCUUCGUGACGCCCGAAGAGGUCGAAAAGGUAAAAAUAACUAUUUUGGGACAUAAUAAACCUGCUCAUUUUUCAGAACAAAGAAAAUCAAGCCAAGCGAGUUCCGACGCCUGAAGCUGAACCAGAAGUACCUGUUGUGGAAGAAAGUCGAGUUCAACAGUUGGAAAGGGCGUCUGGUGAAGAAGAACGUCCCAUUGAAGUUCCUGAAGAAGAAGUCGUUAUCGCCCCUCAAGUGAGUUUCUUUCUUCAUAAUUUUCAUAAAAGGCUCUAAAGUUCAUAUAAAUUAUUUUUGAAAGUAGCUAGGGCAGACUAUAUUUCAUCAGGUUCUUCUGAAGGCCGAAUUACCUAAUUUCAGACGUCGGCUGACGAGGAAGACGUCGUGGUAGAUGUCGAAGGAGUAGAAGAAGAAGAAGUUAAUCAAGCGCCUCAAGUGAGUUUCUUUUUUAAUAACAUCUAGUUUGAUUUCUAAAGCAAACUUUACUACAUUAACUUCUUCCAAAAGCUGAAUUGCCUGAUUUCAGCCCGUCCUUGCCGCGGAAGACGUCGAGCAGGCGAGAAUCUGGGCUCAAACUUUGUUCGGAGCCGUCCUGCCGAAGGAAAACGACCCUCAGUCCUACGUCACCUUCUUCAACGCCGUCAACUUUGUUCUUCUCCACACCAAGGUCAUGAAAGCUUCUCUCUACGGGAUUCCACUAAGUUCUUUAUAAUAUUCAUCCCUCCCAUAAUAAUUUGAUUACUUUUAAGAAGUUCAUUAUUUUAUUCUAUAUAUUUCGAUACUUCGAUUCAUUACAAUCCUUGAGUGCCACCUUUUUUUUGAUCCAAAUUUUUUUGAAUCUCCUGUCUUCAUUACCACUAUCCCAACAUUCUUUUCGUUGAUUUAUUUGACUAUUUUCCCUAAUAUUCACCUCAAUAUUUCGACUUGUGAAAUUGUCAAUGUUUUAUCCAUUGGUUUAAUUUUUAUUCGGUAUAUUGGAAACUAGUGAUCAUUUGCGACGGUUAGGUGAAUUCAUGGUGAUUGUUGAUUGUAUUACUGGUAUUUUUGGGAUUAAUAAAUUUGAUAUGAAAACAUUGUUUUUAAACAUAAAACAGGAAAAAAUGAUGAACAACGCUUCAAAGAUUAAUCAGAACGGUCUUCAGAAAAAGCCAUAAUAUUUGAAGUUCAAUAUAGUAUUUUCACUAAAGUUAGAGCAAAUUUCCACUCGUUUUUUUUUUCAAAGAACGGAAAAUUCUCUCAAACCUGAAAUACCUCGGUCGUACGUUGAAUACUUCCGUUGUCUUGAAAAUGCAACCGAUCGAAAACGACUUUCGCGAAGGACAUUUAAAAGUACCAGAGCAAGCUGUUGACUGCUAGAAAAUUGAAAUCUCUUCAAAAAAAAUCGUCGUGGUUUUUUUACUCUUUCAACUCUGUAAAACCAGAGAAAACAUGUCGUAAAUAUCAAUCUUUUACACAAAUAUCAGAAAAAAAAAAAUUGAUUUUGAGCAUUUUCUAAGAUAAAGUCCGCAGAAGUCGAACUUGUAACCUCUAAAAAAAAUGUCCUAGUUUUAUCCGACAAGGCUAAAAAAAGACUUUUAGAAAAAAGGAAUUUUUCUUGAAGACCCCUACGGAUGAUCAAACUGCAAAACUUCAUAGCCCAUCUUGAGAAUUUUUUUAAAGAAAAACUUAUCCUUGAAUUCUUAUAAAAGCGCUUUCAUGCUGAGUAUUAACCAUACAACAAAGCUGAAACAGGCUCUCAGCGGGUGAACCCGAAUUAAACCCGUGUAAGCUGGUAAAACUAUUUCAUUUAUUUACUACAUCUGAGGCGCCGUUCAAGUACCGUUGAGUCUCCGAUUCUCAAAAUAUACACAGCUGGAUCACUUUUUUUCUUGCAGCUGUUGUUUUUUCCAUUUUUGCACAACUGAGACUCAAAUAGCCUAAGAAACACGGUUAAACCGUUGAGACACCCGACCAGCAUGAGAUGCGAGCAAUUUCAAGUCUGGUCAAAAAGUAGCGGCGGUCAAAAAAUACCUCUUGUUGGCGGUCAAAACCAAACUUGGUUUUUUUCUCGCAUUUAAUUUCCUACGUUUUUCAUGUGCAUUACGUUUCAUUUAUAAAAAGCUUUUUGCUGACUCAUUUCCAACCUGAGGCAUAUUUUUUUGCUUUUCACUGUCAUGAGGCUUAAAAAUGUAAGAUUUUACUCAUUACGGAAGCUCAAAGGCGAAAAAUGUCUUGAAAUGGUACGAAACUAGGAAUUUCGGUGUCUGAGGCUGAAUUCUAGAGAGUGAGGUCUAUCCAGAAAAUAAAAAGUCUAAAAUAAAUUAUAAUUUUUGCGUCCCAGUGACUUUUCCUUUCAUAAUCCUUUAGCAAAAUCGUAAAAUCCUUGUAUAAUUCUUAUAUAUGAUUUCAAUAAAAGACUGAAAAUAUCUUUUUGCCUCAAAAUUUUUUUUUCCAAUGUAAGUUCAUACUCUUUUUUUGACAUUAAAACAAGGAUUUGGAGAAUUGAACUAAUACGAAUUUUUGAUAGCCAAGAGGAAGAAGAAGUAGGUUCUCUUUUCUAGAAUUAAAAAGGAUCUUUUUUUCCUAUGCCUGUUUAAAAACAGGAUCUUAGGGCUCCCAUCAGGUCAUUGGUCGAAGCUUGAGGCAUUGUCUUUUUUCUGUUCUUUGCCAAAUAAUUCGAAAAGUGAGAAGAUUCUGUUUCGGUCUCAUGACAAGCUGAAAAGUGCCAAAGGUAUCGAAAUGGUGUGAGAUUGGGAAUGUCAGUAACUUUGCCUGAGGGGUGCGAAAUCCGAAGAGGCAUGGCCUAAACUCACUUUGAAGUCCAUUUUAGCCGCUUUCUUACGCAGUAAACUGUCGUUCCUUCAUCCUCCUACUGCUACCAUGACAAACUCUGCUUCUGCCCAAGUUCGUUUCUUCUUCAUUCACCAGUGUACUCACUUUGCUCAUUUAGAAACCCUCCACGAUCUCCGAUGCCACUCGCAGCGAAAACACCAUCAAAAGAAAGCUCUUCUUGACUUCCGAUGACAUUGAAAUGGUAAAUUCUGUGUUUUAUUGUCAACCUGGUUUCUCACUUUUCAGAACAAAGAGAACCAAGCCAAGCGAGUCCCAACGACUGAUGAUCAACCAAAAGGGCCGGUUGAAAAGAAAACAGAAGAAAUUCGUGAAAAGCAGCCGGGAGUUUCGGUUCGAAGAGAAGAAAGUUCGACGAAACUUUUAAAAGAAGUUGUUUAUGCGUCUCAAGUGAGUAUUUUCUCAAGUUUCAAUAAGUUCUCCUUGUCAAUCUACUUUUUUCGAUUCUGCGCCAAUCCAAAACCAGUAAAAGAAAAGCUUUUCCAUCAACUUUUCAAAAAGCCUAUUUCGACCGACUUAAAAUGAUGACUUCAGGAAUCUGAGACCAAUUUUUUUCCUCACUGAUAUUAUAAUUUUCAUCUAUAUUCACAAAAUUUUUGAAGUGACCAUACCUAUUUGAGUUUCGCGCCCCACAGGCAAAGUCAGUGACAUUCCCAGCUUCGCACCAUUUCGAUACCUUUGGCACCUUUCAGCUCGUCAUGAUACCGAAAGAGGAUCUUCUCACUUUUCAAAUUAUUUGGCAAAGAACAGAAAAAAGACAAUGCCUUAAAAGUAAACUAAUAGUUUGAUGAAUCACCUAAAGCUUUAAUAAUAAUAAUUUAUUCACAGAUCAGUGUGAACCCCAACGAGUUCACUUCGAUCUACAAUUUAAAUGAGGAAAGAAAAAAAGUUGAAGUAAAAAACAAAAAAUUGAGAUCAGUAAAGUCUUGGUGGAAUAGAGGUAAAAAAAAUUCGUUGCGAGGUAAAACGACCAAUAAUUUUUUUCAAAGAAUUAGGUGGAAGUGUGAACUGAUAUUUGGAUGUAAGUUUAUUCCAAAUAGGAAUCGUUUUGAAAAAGUUGUUAGAAAACUGACCUUGAGAACGUAGCCGAAGUGGGAUUUCGCCUUAAAUUGGAUCUGAGGGCAAAAUUUUUCGAAUUGAGGAAAGUGAUCAUGACCAGAAACAAUUUUUUUGGAGAGUGAGGAGAUCAGAAAUAACUCGUCUAAUGUACAGUGGGGUUUGUUGAAAUUGCUCUAGACGAUCUGAAUAGGAAUCAAAAGCUUUGCGAAAAAAAUCCAAUUAACAAGGAAAAAAUAGCAAAAAGUAGCCUCAAAUUGAAACCAACAUUAGCCUACUGAAAUUUUAAAAUAUUUCAAAAAAAAAAAUGACAGCAAAAAAAGUUUUUCACGCUAAAACGGAAUCGUACAAAACCUGCUAUAACCUGCUACAAAAACGUGAUGUAUACAGAAAUUUUCGCGAGAAAUGAAUUCAAAAAACCAAUUUUUUUUAGAUCACCAAUCAUUUCUUUAUUGAAAAGACUUACAAGCUUUGCAAAUUGACUUUUUUCAUUCAAUAAAAAAUAAAACAUAACAGAAUGAUUUUUUUCAAAGUUCUCAGAAGACACUAUUCAGCUAGCUUUAUUUUAUCACUUUUCAGACACUUGAUGAAGAAGACGUCCUGAUAGACGUCGAAGGAAUUGAAGAAGAGGAAGAAGUUUUCAAAGUGCCUCGAGUGAGUUUCUUAAAUUGUAUUUUUUUUUUCAACUUCUUAAUUAAAAAAGGAGAUUAAAAUAAAUUUUCACUAUAUGAGUUUUGUAGUUUCUUCCAAAAUUUUUAAAUUUUUUUUUGAAAAUGUUUCUUCGCUUUGAUUUUCACAAAAUACUAGAAAUUUGCUCCUCAAUAAGGUCUGAAAUAGUCCCAAUUUUUUCAAGGUCUUUAAAAUAUGUUCAUGUUCUUUCAAACACUCCAGCUGGAACUUUUGGGCUAACAAUAUUUAAUCAAUUCAUUUUGAAUUCCGAACUACCUGAUUUCAGGCGCCGCUUGUCAGAAAAGACGUCAAAGAAGAAAAACUUUUUAAGGCGCCUCAAGUGAGUUUUUUUUUAGUAUCUGUAACUUUUUCUACAGCUAUUCAGUUCAAUGACCAGUUUUUUUAAAAACAACUAUCUAGAUUUUUAAGGCAAAUUUUACCCCAUUACUUUCUCCAAAAGCCGAAUUGCCCGUUUUCAGCCCGUCCUUGCCGCGGAAGACGUCGCGCGGGCGAGAAUCUGGGCUCAGACUUUGUUCGGAGCCGUCCUGCCGAAGGAAAACGACCCUCAGUCCUACGUCACCUUCUUCAACGCCGUCAACUUUGUUCUUCUCCACACCAAAGUCAUGAAAGCUUCUCUCUACGGGAUUCCCCUAUAA